AUGCCGGCGUUUGCGAGAUCAAUUACUCCUUUCUUCCAGACAGCACGAUCUGCGCUGCGUCAGGGUAAUGCUGUCAGUCCUUUACAGCAUGCUUUGAGAAGACAAAAUGGAGCUGCUGUGAUCAAUGCUGCUCGCUCAUAUGCUACCGCUUUCGAGCGCUCGAAGCCGCAUGUUAAUAUUGGUACAAUCGGUCACGUCGAUCACGGAAAGACCACAUUGACUGCCGCUAUUACCAAGAGACAAGCAGAGAAGGGAAUGGCCAGUUUCCUCGAUUACGGUGCCAUUGACAAGGCUCCCGAAGAGCGAAAGCGUGGUAUCACCAUCUCGACUGCCCAUAUCGAAUAUGCCACUGAAGCCCGCCACUACUCCCACGUCGACUGUCCCGGUCACGCAGAUUACAUCAAGAACAUGAUUACUGGAGCUGCCAACAUGGACGGAGCUGUUAUUGUCGUUGCUGCUUCUGACGGACAAAUGCCUCAAACUCGUGAGCAUCUUUUGCUUGCCCGUCAAGUCGGUGUUCAAAAGAUUGUCGUUUUUGUCAACAAGGUCGAUGCUCUUGAGGACCCUGAGAUGUUGGAGUUGGUCGAGAUGGAGAUGCGCGAUCUCCUCAGCACAUACGGAUUCGAAGGAGAAGAGACACCUAUCAUUCUUGGAUCCGCCCUUUGCGCACUUGAGGGCCGCAGACCAGAAAUUGGAACCGAGAAGAUCGAUGAGUUGAUGAACGCAGUUGAUACCUGGAUCCCAACCCCACAACGUGACCUCGACAAGCCUUUCCUCAUGUCCGUUGAGGAUGUUUUCUCCAUCCCAGGUCGUGGAACUGUUGCCUCUGGUCGUGUCGAGCGUGGUGUCCUCAAGAAGGAUUCCGAAGUCGAGAUUGUUGGAAAGGGAGACCAAGUCAUCAAGACCAAGGUCACUGAUAUUGAGACUUUCAAGAAGUCCUGCGACGAAUCCCGUGCAGGAGAUAACUCCGGUCUUUUGCUCCGUGGUAUCAAGCGUGAAGAUGUCCGCCGUGGAAUGGUCAUUUCCGCCCCAGGACACACCAAGGCCCACACCAAAUUCCUUGUCUCCAUGUACGUUCUCACCAAGGAAGAAGGAGGACGCCACACUGGGUUCCACCAAAACUACCGCCCACAAAUCUUCAUCAGAACUGCUGAUGAAGCUGCUGCUCUCCACUUCCCCGACGGAACUGAAGACGCCGAUUCCAAGAUGGUCAUGCCAGGUGACAAUGUCGAGAUGCAAUGUGAGAUUGAGAAGCCUUGCGCUUUGGACGUUGGUCAACGUUUCAACAUCCGUGAGGGAGGAAGAACCGUCGCUACUGGAUUGGUUACCAGAAUCAUCAAGUAAAUCAUUUAAUGCAUGAAAACAGUAGAGACGAGUUAAAAGGGUUGAAGUAUAACGUGUAUGAAACGGAAGAGCAAAAUACAAUGCAAACGCAUCGUAUAAAUGAAGUCCAAUGACAACGAAAGGGAAAGGUGGAAAAUUGGGAUGGGAAAGAAAGGAAGAUUAUGAAGAAAUGGAUCUUUUAUUGUAUAUUUGAAUAGCGAGAAAGGAGUUCGUUUAUUCAAUGUUACACAUGUAAAUUUUAAACCCUUUCUUUGUAGAUUACAGCAAUAGCUGGGUGGCUUUUUAGCGAGAAUCAAAGAUAGAACUCCUCUCAUUUCUGCCUUCGAGUGAUGGUAUCUUUUGAUGCACUAUCAGUCUACUCACAAUGUCUAACACAUGCAUA